UUUUCAAACCAUAUUUGGCUACAAACGAGCGCUGGAGCCUAACAACCCUGGUGGUGUUUAAUGUGUUGCUAAAUUCACAGUGGUGAAAGGACACUGUGUACAUUUGGGAAUUUGACCGCUUUUGAUUAUUCCAAACCAAUAGUAUGAGAAGAAAUUCAAGAAGGAAUUUUCUUUACAAUUGACAUUUUGUUGGUAUAAUUGAAACUUUCAAUCGGCGACCCAUAUUUGACCCAUAUCCCAUGACAUUGUGGCCUUUGGAAAGUCUUGCGUUUUCUUCCUCACGGGACCGGUUUUUGGUCCGAUUUUUAUUACCAUAGUCAUGACGGUCGUCUCGAAACCUGUGAGUGUUGGAAAACUUCGUGCCUUUCUUCUGUUUGGCGAAGUUCCACUGUUUCUUCGCCAGCUCUUCUCUCAGAAAAAUCUUGUUCACGCUUUAGCCGGUGCCUUGGGAGGCAUAAGCUCAUUGUCAAUUUUCUUUCCACUUGACACUGCAAAAACCAGAUUACAAAUUGAUGAUGAGCGGAAGGCAAAAACAACAUGGAAAGUUAUCUAUGAAAUUGUUCAUGAGGAGGGCUUAUCUUCAUUGUAUCGUGGCUUAUUGCCAGUUCUCUCCAGUCUUUACUGCUCAAACUUUGUGUAUUUUUAUACAUUCAAUGGACUGAAAGCUGCAUAUGUGACAAAACGUUCCCCUGAGACAGUUGUUGUUGACUUAUUAUGUGGAUUUCUAGCAGGUGUAAUAAACGUGUUAAUCACUACUCCAUUAUGGGUGGCAAAUACGCGAAUGAAACUUCAAGGUGUAAACUUGAAAUCGGAAGAAUUGAGUCGAAAAGUGCAAUACAAAUAUACUGGAUUAAUAGAUGCUGUUCACCAAAUAUACCGCACGGAAGGGUUGCGCGGUCUAUGGAGUGGUACGAGGGCGUCGCUGGUGCUCACGUCUAAUCCAGCAAUUCAAUUCACUGUUUAUGAAACAAUCAAGAGAUAUGUUCGAGGAGCUGGCAAAGAUUUGCCGUCUUGGAAAUAUUUCAUGAUUGGUGCGAUUGCUAAGACCAUGGCAACUAUUCUUACAUACCCAUGUCAAGUUGCACAGUGCAAGCAAAGGACAGGCUAUUGGAAAGACGAAUCAAAAAAACCAAAUUUUGUAGUUAUUAUGGCACAGAUAUUAAGACAAGGUGGUGUAAAGGGUCUUUACAAAGGUCUCGAAGCUAAAUUGUUACAAACUGUUCUCACAGCGGCCUUUAUGUUUCUUGCCUACGAAAACAUAUUGACAUUUGCCUUUUCACUGCUUGGCGUCCAGAAGCAAAGAAAAACCUAAUUUUUAUCGUUUUAUGUCAUGCAAGAAAGUACACGCCCGUAUCGAAAUGGAAUAAAUACUCGGGAAAAUGAUUAGUAAUAUUAAUAUUUAAAUGUCUUAUUAUGUUGAUGUUUCAUGUUCAUUCAAAAUCUCUUGGAAUGGCCGAUCUGAACUUCAUUUUUAAAACGAAACAAUCAUAUAUAUAAUUUUUGUACAUCUAUUUUAAUAAUCAAUAGAAAUACUUGUGAUAAUACUAAGCUUUUUACUCCGUAUGUAAAAAGAUAGUUUAAAAAUUAAUUUUGACUAACGAACAUUAAUGUAAUUAUAUAUGGUGAGACGUUGCUAUAAAAUAUUAAACUGGAGUACCUUGCUAAA